GUGAUGCAGCCCGGCCCACCCUGGCCGAGAGAGGGGAGCGCUGCGCCAGGGGAGAAGGGCGGGAGAGCGAGCCAUCGAGCGCACCCAGCUCAGUCCGGGGUCCCGGGAAGGAAGGCCCUACACCUCUGCCUAGGCCUGGUUAGUCCCACCGGAGCAGGCUCUGGCCCUGCGCCCUUCUUUGAGUCCCUCCUACGCCUGCCGGCGCCCUGCCUGGGGCCAAAGUUGGCUCUCAGCGCGACGCCGAAGCGGGCUGGCUGCGAGUCCCAGGGACCCAGCGGAAGCCUGGCCUGGGAGCCAGGAUGGCCAUCCACAACACCUUGCUGAUGUGUCUAGGACUGCCUUUGCUCUUUCCCGGGGCCUGGGCCCAGAGCCAUGCCCCACCUGGCUGCAGCCCGGACCUGGAUCCGAUCUACUACAACCUUUGUGACCGCUCUGGGGCAUGGGGCAUCGUCCUGGAGGCGGUGGCCGGGGCAGGCGUCAUCACAACAUUUGUGCUCACCAUCAUCCUCGUGGCCAGCCUGCCAUUUGUGCAGGACACGAAGAAGCGGAGCCUCCUGGGGACCCAGGUGUUCUUCCUGCUGGGCACCCUGGGCCUCUUCUGCCUCGUGUUUGCCUGCGUGGUAAAGCCUGAUUUCUCCACCUGCGCCUCUCGACGCUUCCUCUUUGGGGUCCUGUUUGCCAUCUGCUUCUCCUGCCUGAUAGCCCACGUCUUUGCCCUUAACUUCCUAGCCCGGAAGAACCAUGGGCCCCGGGGCUGGGUGAUCUUCACUGUGGCCCUGCUUCUCACCCUUGUGGAGGUCAUCAUCAACACCGAGUGGCUGAUCAUCACCCUGGUCCGGGGAGGUGGCCAGGCUGGCUCUCUGGGCAAUGGCAGUGGCAGUGCCGACUGGACCAUGACCUCCCCCUGUGCCAUCGCCAACAUGGACUUUGUCAUGGCACUCAUCUACGUAAUGCUGCUACUGCUGGGAUCCUUCCUAGGAGCCUGGCCCACCUUGUGUGGCCGCUUUAAGCGCUGGCGGAAGCACGGAGUCUUUGUGCUGCUUACCACGUCCCUCUCCAUUGCCAUCUGGGUGGUAUGGAUUGUCAUGUACACCUAUGGCAAUAAGCAGCACCAUAGCCCCACCUGGGAUGACCCCACCCUGGCCAUUGCCCUCGCUGCCAAUGCCUGGACUUUUGUCCUCUUCUAUGUCAUCCCCGAGGUCUCCCAGGUGACCAAACCCAGCCCAGAACAGAGCUACCAGGGGGACAUGUACCCUACCCGCGGCGUGGGCUACGAGACCAUCCUGAAAGAGCAGACGGGCCAGAGCAUGUUCGUGGAGAACAAAGCAUUUUCCAUGGAUGAGCCAGCCUCAGCCAAGAGACCCGUGUCACCUUACAGUGGCUACAAUGGGCAGCUGCUGACGAGUGUGUACCAGCCCACCGAGAUGGCCCUGAUGCACAAAGGCCCGUCCGAAGGCGCUUAUGACGUCAUCCUUCCACGGGCCACCGCCAACAGCCAGGUGAUGGGCAGUGCCAACUCAACCCUGCGAGCUGAAGACAUGAUCAGUCCCCGAAAAGCAAAACAAGAUGGUAGAUGCCCUCUUCCCUGGACCACACCUCAUCCGGAUACCCUCAUUGCUCUGCACCCAGCUGAGCAGGGCCCAGCAGUUUACCCACCUUUGUCCUUGGAGCUGGGAGGGACCAGAGGCUACCAAUCAGAAGCAUUGGACUGAGUGGGGACCUGAGGAUAGACCUGACGCAUGUGACUGGGGCUCAUAGGAUCAUCUGCCCUCUUGCCCAUCCUAGCCUCCCGGCCCCCAUGUGACUGCAGCUACAGGGAGCUAACGGCUGACUCCUAUCUCCUGCCUUCACACAUCCCCCAAGUCACGGAGUCUGUGUCCCCAUGUGGUUCUCCAGGUGGUUGUUGCCCCCGCUGUGAACAUCAGGUGUGUGAUGCCACUGUUUUGACUCUGGACCUUCUUGGCCAUGUUGGUAACCCAUCAGUGUGUCUGUCACACAGUGCCCGUCAGAUGCAUCUCUGAGUCUCUAGAGACAAGCCACACAGAAGUCAUCCCUUGCCCUACUCCUGGCCUUCUGCCAUCUUCUAGACUGUGGAAGGUCACAAGCGAGGAGCAGAGCCCAGGUUGGGCAGGUUGUUUCUCAUGACCUGAGGGUCCCGGGUCCCGGCACCUUUGUGCCUGGAUUGCGUCUACCCUACCUUCAGUGAGCUGGGUCCCCUCGCCAGGGCAAGACCAUUCUUUCUGCCUGUCCUGCCCUCCCCACUGCCCAUCAGCACUGGGGAUGGGAAUUACAACACUUGUCCCAACUGGGCAAGCUUUCCUGUUGUCCAGCACUGCCUGCCGCACAGAGAGCCCCCCAUAAGAGUCGAAGAGCUGGCGGGCCCCUGUGUUGCUUAGAGCUUUGCAUUAUUUAUGUACCUCGGUUAACCCCCUGGCCGCAUCUUCCCAGUCUGCUUUUGGCUUCUGUGUCGGCUCCCAGGAUGGCUCCUAAGACAGGUGCAGCGGUGGAAUUACCUGGAUCUCGUGGGUUCUGGAGGUACUUGCUGGGACUACUUGGACAUACGUGGUUGGGGCCUGGGAGCACCCUUAGGAGACAGUGGGUGGGAGUCAGGGCUGCAUUCUCAGGGUGACUUGAACCUUUCCUAUGUUGGACGUGGGGUCCAGGACUGGAGAUUGCUUGUGGGAAGAUAGUUUCUACCUCAGCUUGGGCAGCAGAUGUCCUUGGGACACCUGGACAAGCCCUGCUGCUUUUUAUCACUAGAGGAACCUCUAGUGUCCUUGGCCUUAGGACAUGCACCUGAGGAACCCGAAGGCCACCCAUGUCAGAGAGGGCCCUUUCUGGGCCUGCGAGCUGCUGGCACCCAUGACUGAGAUGAUCAUAGUACCAGACCCUGGGGACAAGAUCUCCACAGCAUCAUCCUUUGGUCUACCCUUGGGUACCAGACAGAGCCUCCUCCAGGCCCUCCCCAAGUGUGCCCUGGUGCCUGGCCUUUAGCACAGCUCUACGUAGUGCUGAGGUAGAGGUUUCCCAGGAAGGUGCCUCACGCUCAGUCCAAGGCUCCCAUGCAGCCCCCUAGCAGCCUGUGCCUUUUAUCAUUGGGUAGUAGGUCCCCGCGGAGUGGGACUACACCUCCAAAUGUGACUCCUCCUGGCUUGACCUCUCUGUUGAAUGAGGAUGCUCCAUCUACGAGCAAUACACUAUUCAACCCCCCUCCUCCACACACACACACAUACAAAGGAAGGGGGAAUCCAUGCACCUCACACUGUCCUUGAUCUAGAGCUCUGAGAUCUGCCACAUCGAGGAAGGGACUAUUUGCUGUCUUAAGUGUGUCUUUUAGGACUCCAAAAGCACCAGAUGCCUAGGUGUACAGCGUCUGCUGGCUGUGGCUGUGUUUCUAGCCCAAGUCCUUGUUGCAGCUGCAGCUGAGGGGUCAUGGGCUCCUGGAAGAUGCAGCUCUGCCUGGGUGCAGGAAGUACCCAUGGUACGUACUUAUCCUGCAUCUUCCAGUUCCGGUUCCAGUGAGAAGUCCAUUUUUAGGAGGUUUGGGGGCCUCCUAGUUAGCAGCGCCGUAUCACACUCAAGCCUUGAAUGGGAGACAACAAGAAGGCCCAGGCCUGGUUCAAGUUCAUCCUUCACAGGCCAGUCCCUUGGAAGAUGUCACACCAACACUGUUAAAUCCUACAGUGGAUGUAAAUGGGGGUUCAACUUUGUAACUACUCGGAAUUAAAUGACCGCCCUUUCCUUGCGAGGGCUCAACGCC